AUGUCGGAAGCUUCCACGACAGCUGCAUACCUGAUUUCAGGAAGAACAGCAGCUUUACAGCAUCCGAUCCCUACUGAACUCAGAGCCGAUACACUACCGAUGAAAAAACGGAAGGCGACCAAGCAGAGGACAGCAGCCGCUGCUGCAACUACAGACAAUGAGCUUACUCAGAUGAUGGAAGUGGACAGGAACCAAGAUAUGAAGCACAAACAACUUCACGGACAGUCUCAGGAAGGUCCCAGCAUCAAGGUAGCCACAGAAUCGAUAGACCUGGCUCAACAAGGACCUUCUCAGACUGCACUCGCGUUAUUGUUGCAGCAUUAUCGCCCUGCGGUUUCAUCAGAUCCAUGUGCUCUCUUCCUCACAGAGGACUGGGAAAAUCAGUGCGGAGAGAUAAACGCCUCGGAUAUCCCACUAUCAGUCGCAGACGAAGACGACCAAGCAUUCCGUUUGGCAGCUCUGUUACAAGUGUCGUCAAGGAUACUACGCUCGGCACCCUGA